AUGCAUUCUGGAAUUAGGGGUCCGUUGAUGUCCUUUCUAAUAACGAGAAGGCAUGCUGGGAUUUGGGUUAAUUUUUAUCUUCCUCAGCGACCGCAACUGUGGCAAUUGCGUGCCGUGUAUUGUACGCCGAUAGCGCGGUUUGACAUGAAGAAGUACGAGAUGGAGAGGCGGCGGCGUCGUGAAUUAGAAAAGGCCGGCAUUGACGUGGACGAAGAAAAUGAUGAGCCGUGGAUCGCACCAGAGGAGCAGCAGCGGUUGGAUGAAGAAGAAGAACGCCGUCGCGCAGAUGAGGCAGAACGCGUGAAGGAGAUGUUGAAUCGCCGGGCGCAAGAGGACAUUGAGAAGCGCAAGAAGUUUAAGGAGUUUCGCGCCCGGCAACUUGCGAUGAGUCGGAGGCGUAAGGAGGCCAAUGCCGCGGCAAAGAGGCAUGAACGACGAGACCAGCGUCUUGUGGAGGAGGAAGAAGAAGAGUUGGAUGAGACAGGGGCGAGUGACGCCAAUGCAUCGGAUGUGGAUCCAAAGAAGUAG